AAAUUCAGCGCAAAUUAUUUAUCAAAAAAAGAAAUAAAAUUAAAAAGUUUAAUAUGGACUCUUUAAAAGUAGCGGCAGAAAAAAUAAAGAAAAGUCCACGUGCUGUCAGAAAGAAACUGGACAAUGCUUUGCACAGAGAAAGAUUAAAUGAAGACUGGAUUCUGAAUCAAGAAAAUCUUUCAAGUGGAGUUACAUUUAAUGUUAAGUUUUUAGGUCAAGUUCAAACAAAUAGUACUCAAGGCAAAGGUUGCACAGAUGAAGCUGUUGAAAAGCUUGUUCAAAAUAAGCAUAAUUUUAAAAGUGAGAAACUAAGAAAAGUUUCUUUGACUGUGAACAGUAAAAAACUUUUGAUAGUGGAUAUAUUGUCAAAGGAAACGAUUGAAGAUUUUCCGCUUCAUCAGGUUUCAUAUUGUACAGCAGAUCCAAAGUAUGAUAAAGUUUUUGCUAUGAUUGCAAGGAAGAAAACAACAAAAGAUGUUUUUAUUUAUGCUUUUCUUACAAACAAAAAAUCCAUGGCAGAAGCCAUUUCCCUAACAGUGGCUCAAGCAUUUACAAUGGCAUAUGAAGAAUGGGAGGAAAAAAGAAAAUCUUACAGAGAAGAAAUAGAAAUUAAUCAAAAUAAUAAUGCUAGUGAAUUAUAUAAAAACCUUGGUCAAACUAGUAAGUUAGGGAGGUCGGAGGAAAAUAGUAAUCGGAGGAGUGAAUAUGAAAAAAACCAUGUGACCACAGAAGAAGAAAAUUUUGCAUUUAUUUGUAAAAAUUUACAACCUGAAUUGAUUGUUGAUUCUAUUCAUGAAGAUGAACUUGAUGUAGAAGAUGCUUUUAUAUCGUUAGCUAAGUCAAGAACACAAAUGUUGGAUACUGGACAUGUUCGAAAAGAAACGUUCCAAGGUGACGUUACAGAUUUCCUUUCAAUGAAUAACACUUACCAAGAUCUUGUUCAUGCCAAAUCAACAGAAGAUCUGUUAUCAGUGUCUUUAAGUGAAGAAUUUUUUGAUUCCCAAAAAUAUCCUGUAUCAAUACCAACCAGCGAUGAUUUAAUAAAAUUUUAAUAAAACAUAA